GCCUCUCACAUGUGCUUACUAGUUGCAACUCGCGAAGCUUAGAGGCGACUCAAGCAAUCUCAAUAUUGUAAGAUCAACCAGUGUGAGGUGAGUUACACUCUAAGGCGGCGGCAAAAAGCACACCGAGUCUGGAGCUCGCGCUCUCAACACUUCUUUAUAGUUUGCAUCUUCAAUCAAAAAAAAAACCAGAAGAGUGACACAAUUCGGAGGAUUUCUUCGCAAAGACAUUUGUUUCAAAGUGCAUUGAAAAAGUGUGAUUUUUUGAAUUCUUCUUUUUCGUGUUAUUUCAUGCCUCUUCGGGGCAUUAUGUAUUACACAGUUCAAACAUAGGUCGUCAUUAUCCCAAUCAUCCUCUCUAAACCCUCUCUCUCUCUCUCUCCCCCACAAUCUUACAAUCCCACGUCGACCUAGCAAUUGGAACUCAGAAUUUGUGCCAAGUGACUCUAACCCACCAACUGGAUAAAACCACUCAACAAUCCUUGGAAGUUGCAUCUUCACAUCACAGCAGAUCCACCGUAAUUUGUGUGACACAAUCACCUCGACAGCCAUAAUGAUUUUCCGUGUCUCACUAAUUGCUCUGUGCAUCUUUGGAUACAGCGUACUGACCACAGAUUCCAAGGAGUCCGUGAGAUCAAAGAGAGCCAAACGCCCUCGAGCACCAUCGAUUACGGAAUAUCGUCCAGAGCCCAAGCAGAACCUCGAAGAGCCCCGAGAUGACCAGCAACCCGUAGACAUCCCACCAGGCUUCCUCUCGCCAUCCGUUCGCGAAUACCUCGAGCUGGGCAGAUCCAUUCCCGGUCGUCCCGGCACUGACUAUCCCAUCCUCUCGGCAAUCCCCUACACGAACUUCUACUGUGACGACCAACCAUAUCCGGGCUUCUUCGCCGAUAUGGAUACAAGAUGUCAAGGAUGGCAUUAUUGUGACAUUGAUGGACGGCAAGCGAGUUUCCUCUGCCCGAAUGGAACACAAUUCUCCCAAGCAGUUUUCGUCUGUGACUGGUGGUUUAACGUACGCUGUGAUCUCUCACCCCGCCUCUACUCCAUCAAUGCGCGCCUCUAUCAAACACCCAAAGUCAACCCAACGCGACCACAUCGAAUCAUUACAAAGCAACUGAUUGAUGAUAUUUUCAAUUAAUUGCAUCAUCACACCGACAAUUGCACUCAAACAGCUGAGAUACAACCGUCUCCACCUUCUUUGCCCCACACUUCACUCUACCCAGCAUCAAUUAGCGGGUUAAUUAAAAGAUUUUGCCAAGUAUAAAAAAAGGGCCCCACCACAAUUUUUUAGGAGAGCUGAGGAUGAAGAUGAAGAAAAAAAAAUAUCUAGAGCAGUGCCAUCCAAUCACUUUUCUUUGAAAAAAUCAUUUCUUCCACCAUCAUUACAUGUUAUAAAAUAAAAUGCAGCAGAAAGAUGAACAGAAGCAGAGAAGAAGUACAAGUAAUUUGGCUCAUUAAAUCUCAUCUAAGGUGUUAAUUUAAGAUACAAAUUCCUUGUAAAUAUACUGUAUAAGAUUUUUUUAUAUGCCCACAAAGAAGUGAUUAAGAGAUUAUGAAUAAAAACAUGAGC